AUGGUGUAUGAAGAAAAACACAUUUUAGCGGAGCUUAUUUCUUACUACAUCAUCAAAGCUGCGAGCAAUGAGGAACUAAGGAAGAAUGCGGAUUUGAGGAUGGAUUGGGUGACCACACUUGAACUCGUCCAGCUUCACGUCGAAAUGUUCCGAGAACGGCUGCUUCAGCUUGAUCUCGACGGUGAACUGUUGAUGGAUCAAAUCUCAAGACGUGUUGUACUCAACAUGGAACAGCGGAAGAAAGAUUUCGAAGCAGCGACAAAAGUUCUCAUUCCGACUAAAGAUGCUCUCUCGAUUAUAUCUACUCGUGGACACAUUUAUGAACGCAACAUCGCCUACACAAAAGGUUUUCUUGGAUCGGACAUGGAACUGGCCGAAUCCUUAUGGACCUAUCUAGCGCAUCAAGAAGAAUUUCAAAUCGAAGACGAUGAGAGCCAAGAUGCGCUUAUAAUAGACAGAUACUUUAAUCCGGAAGGAAUAGAGUAUCUGGUUCACUAUGUUCGCAAAAACUUAAAGCUCAUGGACGAGAAGACUUUCAUGGACUUCAAGCUCGCUGCAAAUCUGGUGGAUACUGAUGAUGAAAAAUUUGUUGCGAUCCAAAGGCAUUUUAGAGAAUAUGUGUUCAACUUUGUUCUUCCGGAAGAAGAUCCACUUGUUACCAACAGAGAACAGCUAGAAACUGCUCUCGAAUUCGAUUAUGGUCGUAAACAAGACAUGUCAUUCUUUGAGCGGAUUGGCCUCAGCGGCUCAAGCAAAGAAGCAGCCCUAGAAAAAGAAGUCAACAUUUUAAAUAUUCAGCGAGACGAACUGGAAUUAUACUUGGAAGAUAAAGACCGGCUGAAUCUAUUCGAUCAGACGGGAAAAGAGUGGAAGCGAAAGUCUGGCAGAAUAUGGAAGAUUGUGUCGAUGGAAAAUAAAGAUCUGCCAACUCUGUUUGUUGACAUUCUUCAAUGCUGGCGGAGGAUUGGCACUGAUUCUAAGAGCAUCGACUUUAAGGAAAUGAUAGACGUCACGAUGGAGGCAAAUGACAGGAUAGAGUCUCUCGCGCUCUUUUCAUGCAAUGAAGAGAUCGAAGAAGUAUCAACCAAAAGCCUAAAGUAUAUGCUCGUGAAGUUUUUCGAGGCGGAGUUUCGUUUAAAGCCCCACGAGUCGGAUCCGCAGUUGGAGACGCUUAAAUCUAUCAUGGGAUGCCUUCUAUCUUACUUGAAGACAUUAAACGACUAUGGUCUUGCAUAUCCAAAGAAGUCGUAUCCAGAUAUGAGAACACAAAAGGUUGAAAUGUUCAAAAGAAAGAAGGAAAUCACUGAAUCGAUGAAAACGCAUGAGUACUGUCUAGAAGAUGAAUCCGCCGAUGAGGAAAUUGAAAGAAAAUAUUGGAUGAGCUUCAUCUCAUUCGCAGAGCUCAUUUCUAACGAACAUAUGUCCAUGUUGAAAAGGGAACUAGAAAUGCUCAAAAUGAGAGAGGCAGGAGUAAGACCAGAGCAACCUCGACCUCGUCCUCCUACUCAGCCCUUCAUGAUUGCUAAAAAUGAAGAAAUGAAAAGAGUUUUUGGCCUUGGAUAUCCUUCUCGACCGGUAUAUACUGUCGAGGAAUUCGGCGAAAGGCAGGCCCAGCUUAUGCGCCAACAAGAAAAGGAAAAGGCGAGACAAAUAGCGGCUAAUCCUCCUCGUGAUGAGCAUCGUGAGUUAACGUGGGCUGAAGAAGACAAGCAGCGCAGAAAAGAUCAGAUGUGGGACGAGCACAAAGAUACGACGAGGCGUGGAGACGGAAAUCGGAAAAAUAUGGUGUCAAUCAGUGAUUUGAAGAGGUUUCGUCCAUGCCGAUCUCAAAAAGAUUUAUCCGUUGGACUGAUAGAUAGUCUUAUCGAUUUCAAUUUAUCAGAAGUAUGGGAGGAUAUCAUUUCAUGGUCGCGCAGCAGGAAGCCGUCAGGGAGAGAAGCCUCAAUGGCUGGUUUUGGAAUAGAUCUUGCUAGUACUGUCCGUUGCUUCUAUUCGAGUCUUCUCUCGCCGUCUUUCAUGGAUCGCCUUUUUGAAGAUGUGGCAAAUCAUCCCCUCUUAGUCACUUUAUUACUGACGGUUACUGACAAAUUUACGAAGAUUCUCAGCUAUGAACAGAUCAUAUGUGCUCUUCACAAGCUUCCUUACAGUCAGUUUUUUAUCGAGGCUCUGAUCAUUGGAAAAUCACAAUUGAUGAGGCCAGCGAUUAAGUCGAUCAUUCUUUCUAAGAAAAUGGACUCUGCGACAAUGUUCUCUUACCUGAAUGGAAUCGUCAAAAUUUACUCUUCGGCAAACGAAUUCAUCCAAAGCUGCUGCCUUAAAUACCGAAUACACUUGUGGAUAAACAUUUCCUUCUUAUGCGACAUGGAACAUGCAGACUUCCUCGACACUAUUCAUACGGAACUGUUUUACAGAAAAGAUAUUUUGACCUGGCUGAUGACUCAAUUCACGAGUAGACUCUUGCUUAACGAGACAGUGAUUUUAAAGCUGAGGAAAAAAAUCAUGUCAAUCGUGGAAUUGUUGAUAUCGAUUUACGGGGACCCAGACGAAGCGACAAACCCCUCUGCUGAAGACUAUAGAUUUGGCUGCGCUACACUCUUCGUCAUUUGUGUUAUGAAAACCUCAUUAAACAUGAAAUUCCCCCUUGACGAAUCCUCGAGGAUGAUGACUUUAUUUGAAUGUAUUUUGAAAAAUGAUCUGAAUGAGGGGUCCAUUCAGUUCUUUAUGAUGGCAAUCUCAAUGGCAGUGUGCUAUGGGGACUUCUCAUCAGGGAACGCAAAGAACGAAACCAGCAUGCUAUGUAGACUGACAAGAUGGCUGAGUGGACUCAUUUCGAGAUGUACAGGCGACGGCGAAGAUUUAGCGGCGCAAACUGAACUGGCCCGAUUAAAAGAGUAUCUUCUGAUUUGCGGCAUUCACUUCAUCUACGAAGAGAAGGAUGAAAUCGAGGAAGUUAUUAGGACAACGAUCGAGUAUCGUCCGAUGCGCAUCAAAUCGCUGACGACGCACCGACUCAAACAAGUCUUUACACAGUCUAUCUACAAAAGCACCUCCCUUUCUGAACUUGCGAUUUCAGUCUCUCCUACAAGAAAUCUAAACUCAAAAAUGAACGAAAUGGUACCGCUGCACGGGGUUCUGCAUCUUCUUAAAGGGCGUCAGUUCACUGCUCACGGCAUCCAAAAUGUCGCUACAUGGAUAUUUAAUCAAAUUUGCCAAUGCUCACUUCCUCUUCACCCACAUGUUCCUACAGUUAUCAAAGCUCUCAUACGUGCAAAUAUUCCCAAGACAAAGAAGGAUUUUGCCAAUCUUCAAAGCCCGAUUUCAGCGGAUCUUAUUGUCGAAACCUGUUUGGAUCCUUCUGUGCCUAUCCUCGGAAAGACACUUCUAGCUUACUACCUCACGUUUCUCGCCGUCGCGCUGUCAAGGAGAGCAGACUUCCUUUAUCGAAAUUAUCAAACGGCGGUUGCACCAGAACUACUGAUAUUCGACAAGCCAGACAAAGGACUGCCAUCAGAAAUAGAAAGAUAUUCUGGUGACGAGCUUGAGACUCUAUCCACAAAGUACUCAAAGCAACUGCGCAAAUUGGAUUACAAAAGGCUAAGAGGAACAAUGACAAAGCUAGAAAAUCUUGGAGAUGAUGAUUUGGAGACGUUUUGGCUGAUGACACGUCCAUUAGCGAGUUUACCAGAAGACUCGAAAAACUUACCCCGAUGGUUCAUGCUUUCGAUGAGGAAACUUUGGUUCAGGCUACAGCGACAUAUUCCCCGACAGCUCUGGGUCGAGACUUUGCAAGAUCUAGCAAAAUCGAGCGAUGAUAAAUACUCUUUCGAUGAUUAUAUUGAGAAUCCGACGCUUGCUUUUCAGUGUAUCAACAUGGUGAUAAGAAACCCGAUUCUUGUGGAGAUCUUUCUUGGAUGUUUGCGCGGUUUUGUAAAUACUCAAAAAACAUUCUACCAGCAAACACUUAUUACGGAUUUCCGUUUACGAGGUUCUCAGGAGAGAAGUCAUGUUGAGCUGAUGGAGUCGAAACGAGUCAAAACCAAUAUCUUGUUGACAACAAAAGUCGCUGUUCUCCAAGUACUUAUCGAGAUGACUCUACCGUCAUCUGAAGACGAUCGCAGCGUUACUGGGGAACUGAGGCUCCGUGAAAUUCAAUGUGAAAUAUGCUUUUUUAUACACCAGUUGUUUAUCGACGAUCAUGUGUUCCACGGACAGCCAGUGCUGUGCAAAUUGCUUCAUUUCCAAGGAUACUCUCCGGACGCUAUCUCUUGUCUCGUUCACGGUGUUCCCUCGAUGCAUAUAUGCGUUUCAUUUGUUCCUGAGCUGCUCAAAUAUACCAAUCUGGAGCUGAGAUCGUUUGCAAUACAACUACUCUCGCAUCUUGUUUAUCACUACCCGAUUCCUCGCACAUUCGAGUUAUCGAAGAUCGCGAUUCGCGUCGCUUUUACGCUGCUUGAAGGUUUGACUCAUGACGAAUUGAUAAGCUUCUUCACUGGAGUCCUGCCUGCACUUGCUAGAAUAUCACAUGUUUACUCACCCUUCAAUAACUAUGUUAUUGAUCUUCUUCGAUUUCACACUCAUGGGGCUGCAGUCAUUGGCAAUAUUGAUGGCCUGGAUCGAGUUGAACUCACAACCGGUCAACUGAUGAAAAAAGUAAAGCCAUUUAUUUGGCCAAGUGCGCAGGUUCCCGAAUCAUCGAGAAUAAAACUCACUGUCAUGAAAACUGGAGCCUUGAUUUUUGGAGCGAAGGGGCUCAGCCUGGCAAUCCCCAUCUUCUGGAAAGAUUUAGUCAAUACUUUAACAGCUAUCGAGAGUGGAGCUCUGCCAUCGCUAGAAAAUGCCGCUGUUAUUGCCGCUCCGUUCGCUACGUACGCAGCGGUGAGCUUACUCGAGCCCACUAUCGACCAGUACAAAUCGUACACAUUCGCAACAGUAAAGCAAAGCACCACUAGAAAAAUAGGCCGCGGACUCGUCGAAAAGCUCUUCUCUCUUGAUCAUCGGUUUCAUACGAAUCGGGAGACGGGUGCGCUUCUGAAGGCUGUUGACAGGGGGAAUCGGGCAAUAUCCACCGUUCUCCAUGCCACCUGUAUUGUAUUUACACCCGCAAUGUUUCAAGUCAUGUGUACUGGUGCUUUUAUUUGGUAUUUCUGUGGUCCUCUCUACGCUACCUCUCUCCUCGUCUCUUCUGGAAUCUAUUCCGCCUUUUCCAUAAAAUUCACUCAGUAUAGAACGCCCUUCCGAAUAGCCAUGAACAAAGCCGACAUGGAUGCUGGUAACUUAGCCACGGACUCUCUUCUCAACUAUGAAACCGUCAAAUAUUUUGCAAAUGAAAAAUAUGAAGCAACUCGCUAUGAUGGCAAGUUAGCUAAUUUCGAACGCGCGGCUCUUAAAACUGACCGAACUCUCGCACUUUUGAAUAUGGGGCAGCAAGCAAUUUUGGGCUCGUGCUUGCUUUUCAACUUGGGAAUGGCCUCUGGGAUCCUCGACUUUGGACAGGCUUCUAUCGCUGCAGGAACACUGACUCUUGGAGAGUUUGUGAUGAUUGCCAGUUAUUUCCAACAGAUUCAAAGACCGCUCAGUUUCUUGGGAUCCACCUACAGAGACUUAAUUCAAGCACGAACAGAUUUUGAAACGAUGUGGCGAUUGAUGGAAGAAAAACCAGAGUUAGAAGAAGGAACAAAGACACCGCCUAUGGAUAAAGACCUAGAAGUACGAUUCAACAAUGUCAAGUUUGCAUAUGCCGACGGAAACUCGAUCCUCAAAGGCGUAGACUUUCGUAUCCGCCCCGGUGAACGGGUCGCUAUUGUGGGCGGCUCAGGGUCGGGGAAAUCUACACUAGCGAAGCUACUGUUCAGGUUUUAUGACCCAAAAGAAGGCUCUGUUCAGCUAAAUGGGGAGGACAUUCGUAACUUCAAUCUUAAAUCUUUCCGCGAAAAAAUUGGAGUCGUCCCACAAGAUUGCGUUUUGUUCAACGACACCAUUUACAACAACAUUCGAUAUGGAGACUUGAAUGCUACUGAAGAUCAAAUCAUCGAAGCUGCUGAAGUGGCAGAUUUGCACAGAUCAGUGGAGGAAAUGAAGAACGGCUACCAAACUAUCGUCGGUGAACGAGGAGUGAAGCUGUCGGGCGGCGAGAAACAGCGUCUAGCAAUUGCUCGGUGUUUCCUCAAGGACCCAGAAAUCGUUAUUUAUGAUGAAGCUACAAGCUCGCUCGACUCGCUCACUGAACAGCGUAUCCUCGAUUCCCUCGAUAAUGCGACGAAGAACAAAUCCCUGCUCGUCAUCGCUCACAGGCUUUCGACAAUUGUUAACAGCGACAAAAUCAUUGUGCUCAAAGACGGUGAAGUUGCAGAGAUGGGUAGCCACACGGAGCUAUUGGCAUUAAAUAAUCAUUAUCGAAAGAUGUGGGACAUUCAGUCCAAUGAAAAAGAUACCAAAAAGAAAGAAUCGGAGGAUGGAGCGGCUGCUCGUCGAAGAAAAAGCAUUGAAAUGAUAAUGGAGCCAAAGACGUGCUGCGGGGGAAAGUGUUGA